AUGGGAGCCGGUGGUGGAGGUGGAGUCCCGGCGGCGGUUGCCACCACUACCACCGGUGCCACGAGCCUCACCGUCGGCGUUGCAGGAGGCGUCGCGGGCGCCACUACUAACGCCGCUGGCACAGUGGGAGGCGCCGCGGGCGCCACCGCUAGCGCCGUCGGCACUACGGGAGGCACCGCGGGCACCACUGCAAGCACUGUCGAUGCUGCGAGCGGCACCUUUGGCGCCACCCGGAGGAGGUCGAGCUGGGUGGCGGAAGCUGGCGGUGGGAAGGUCGGGCCGAGCGGCGGCCGGGGAGCUGGGGGUCGUAGGGAGGCGGAGGCCGGGGGCUGCAAGCGGUGGCGGGAGGCCGAGCGGCGGCUGGGGAGCUGGGGGCCGCAGGCGGCGGGGGUUGCCAGAGAAAGCAGGGCUGGGGAGCCGGUGGUCGACAAUGAGUCAGAGGCCAGGGCCGGGGCCGGAGGAAGGAGGCGUGGAGCCUGA